CGUGCAUCUACGCAUGUCGUCGAGAGAGGUGUGAGAAUGGACUUCACGGUGAACGAUGUGAUAAGCAAUGUGUCCGUGACAGCCAAUGUUACUGUGAGAAAUGUGCGCGCAUCCAGAGCAUAGGUAACCAAUGCGUGCGUACCUGUGCGUCGAAAACUUGGGGGCAACAGUGUGAGAACAGCUGUGGCGCCAUGUGUCUGCUUGGGAAAUGUAACGAUCGCGACGGAAGGUGUUCCUCCGGGUGCGAGGCAGGUUUUUCUGGUGGAUUUUGCCGAGAUCAUUGUAGCCAUGGAUGUCAACACAACCGCUGUCAUCAGCAUGGUGGAAGGUGCAAGGGCGGAUGCAAGGUUGGGUACUACGGUCCUAAUUGUUCGAAAAGAUGUCCAACGAAUUGUAAAAACAAUCAAUGUCAUCAAAGCGGUGGAAACUGCAGUGGAGGAUGCAAAGUCGGAUAUUACGGCCCUACUUGUGUCCACAAAUGUUCAGAGCAUUGUUUAAACAAACGUUGUCAUGUGCUCACUGGAGCCUGCACACCCUGUCUGGAUGGCCACAUGGGAGACAGGUGCAUUGAUGAAUGUCCACAGAGGAACUGCACUGCUUGUCACCAGGACACCGGCACGUGUACCGCUUGCCGGAAUGGCAGGUACGGGACUCGUUGUCGUCAGUUUUGCAGUGAAGGGUGUUCACAGAACAAGUGUGAUUUCGGUGGUGCAUGCCUGUGUACAAAUAAAUACUUUGGUUUGUUUUGUGAAGGUAGGUGUCAGAACUGUAGACGUGACUGUGACAAACUGACUGGGGUUUGUACCAAUGGAUGCGAAGCAGGCUACUAUGGUGCUCAUUGUAAUGCAACGUGUUCUCCGGGAUGUCGUGGUAAAAUAUGUGAGCAGACAAGUGCCCUCUGUGCACAGGGAUGCACACUUAACACAUUUGGAAGACAUUGUGAGAACAAUUGCAGUGCAGACUGUCCUCAACAAAUGUGUCACAAGUUAGAUGUGAAUACAGAUAGUAUUACUUGCAUCACUGAUUGCUUGGAGGGGAGAUGGGGGUCCUACUGUGAACACUCGUGUCCUCGAGGCUGUCAAAGGUGUUACAGAUCCACAGGAGUGUGUAUUGAAUGUGACCGGGGUUUGUACGGCCCAGAGUGUGUAAGGAACUGCAGCCAAGGAUGUUUGGGGACACUGUGUGAUAAGAACGGUAGCUGCACAGUGGGUUGCGAGGAGGGAGUGUACAUGGAUGACUGCUCUGUUCCGUGUCCUGGUAACUGUAGAGUAUGUCACAAGGAGAGCGGAGUUUGCAUGUCCUGUAGGAGCGGAUGGAAAGGGGAUUCGUGCACAGGUACAAACACCACAUACUACCGAUAA